AUGUUGAAGGUGUUGGUUACAAUAGUUUCUGUGUUGGUGAUCAUUUCAGCAUGCGUGUUGAUAGUACCCGUGCAAGGUCAAGAAGGUGGAGUUGAUCGUUGGUUCUGGAGGAAAACUGUGCGGAUUAUAAAUGAUUUGGGUGAUGAUUCUACUCAACUCUAUGUCCAUUGUCGUUCAAAGGAUGAUGAUAUUGGGGAACAUUAUCUUACCAAUGGACAAUUCAUAGAGUGGUCCUUCAACGUAAAUAUUUGGCGCACUACUCUGUUUUGGUGCAACUUUGCAUGGAACAGUGAGCAACAAAGUUUUGAUAUUUAUACUAGAAAAGAUUAUAAUACUUGUAAAGCGCAAUGCUGGCGAAGUAUUAGACCAGAUGGAGCUUACUUUUAUCAUGAGUACGGAUCUGCUAACCCCUACUGGUUGAAGAAACUCUCAUGGUGA